AUGGCGUGGGAGGAUGCCUGCGAUGUCCCAGCCUUCCUCCAGAUCGGCACCCAGCUUUACGCCGAGGCUUCCCUGCCCUUGAGCUGGCUCCGCGUACCGCCCCGGUGGUACGAGGCCGCCGCGCAGCGCCCCUUUUCGGAGUGGCUGGCCCAGUACCUGGUCAGUAUGAUCUACGUGUGCCUCUUUCUGGCCUGCGCCUCUCUGCUACUGUUCGGCUUUCCGCGCCGCGCUCCGCAGCAUGCGAGCGUGCAAGGGGACUGCCCCACGAGCUGGGUAGUGUUUCUGGGCAUCAUCUACACCUUCACCUACUUCACCACGGACCAGUACGUGCCAAGCCUUCCCCAGAUGCAGGUGGACCUCGCUGCCACCGAAAGCUUGAUGAGCCUCACGGUGCAGACGAAUUUCAUCGUGAAGGCCACCUUCGGGAUGAUUGCUGCAGGGCUCUCGGACCGCGUCGGGCGCAGGCCAAUCAUGCUCCUGUGCUUGCUGCUGCUGAGCUUGGCAAGCGUGUGCUGCGCGUGCGCCGGUCGCAUCGAGUGGUUCUUCGCGGCGCGAGUUCUUCAGGGAAUCGGUGAGUCAGUGGAGCCCGUGCUUUUCGCCAUCGUCCGCGAUCACUUCACCGAUCCCAAGGAACGCUUCGGAAUCGUUUCGAUGCUGCAGGUCAUGUCCAUCGGUGGCAUGCUGGUUGCACCCUGUGCUGGAGGAUUUCUUGCACAGCUUUCGAGCUGGCGGACAUCCUUCUUCAUACUGGCCCUGAUUUGGGCUGUGCUUGCAAUCUAUGCCUGGCUGGUGAUGGUGGAGAGCUGCCCGAAUCGGGCGUCUGAGAGCUACCUCCGAGACCUGUGGCGCGUUCUGGACCCGCACCUCCUGUGCUUGCUGCUUACGCAGAGCUGCAUCAUGGGAGGCUGCCUGACCUUCAACGCCAACUCGAGCUACUUCACAGAGGUAGCCCUCCAUGGGUCGGUGAUGACGGCGGCUUUUGUGAUGCUUACCUUUGGAGCCUGCAACAGCCUGGGGGUCUUCGUGACGAAGACCUUCUGUUCCAGGGGCAUCCUCCAAGUGUCCAAGAUCUCACUGGCGCUUCUCACGCUGGCCGGGCUUGGCUCGAUCCUGCUGGAAGCGUUCUACCCCCACUUUCUCUGGGGCUACCUGAUCGGCUCAUUCUUGCAGGCCAGCGUGAUGACCAUGGCCCUGGUCGCUGUGAAUGUCCUCUUCUUCGAGCCGCUGGAAGACUGUGCUGGAAUGGCGGCCUCCUGCGAGAUCUUCGCCAAGAGUGUGAUCCCGAGCUUCUUCUCCAUGGCCGCCACGCAGGCCCUGGUCCACCAAGGCCCCCGGUGCUUUGUGAACCUCCAGGCUGGGGCCUGCGUGGCGGCGGGGGUGGUCUUCUGGCUCGGCUACGCUCGCAGCCCGCCCGACUGGCUGGCGGGGUACUACGUGAAGUAG